GCCCUGUACACAUCCCUUUCCCGGCCAAGGCGUCUGUCUAUCAGAGCACCACCAUGCUGAAGUCUCUCAGCCGUGCGGUCGGAGCCGCUGUUCGACUCUCCACCGCUUCUGCGUCCACGGCCCGAGCUCCUCCACUCGCAAGCCCGACCCUGUGCGCUCCGAUUUCGGCUUCGAGUCGGCCCUUCACCCGGACCCUCUGGGUGAUGACCAGCAGCGGCGCGUCCUCUGGUUACAGGCCGAAACUGUUCAGCUCAAAAGUGGUGAAGUCGUCCGUGUCGUGCGGCUGCGGUGGUCUGCACACAGAAGGUGACAAGGCGUUUGGUGUUUUCUUGUCUGAUGAAAUCAAAGAGGAGAUGAAGAUCCAGAAAAGCAAAAACCUUCCGAAGAUGUCUGGAGGUUGGGAGCUGGAGAAGAACGGCACAGAGGCCAAACUCGUUAGGAAUAUUGCUGGAGAAAAAAUUACGGUUACGUUCAACAUCAAUAAUAGCAUUCCUCCCAACUUCGAGGAAGAGGCUGAUCAGGCACAGCAGAAACCGGCAGAGGACGAGCCGGAAAUUGUGUCAACUCCCAACUUUGUCGUCGAGGUAACAAAACAGGCUGCGAAGCAACAUUCCUUGGUGUUUGACUGUCACUACCCCGAGGACGAGGUAGGCCGCGGUGAGGAAGAGGAGGAGAGCGACAUCUUUGCCAUCCGCGAAGUCAGUUUUCAGCCGGAGGGAGAUGUGGAGUGGAAAGAGACCGCCUACACGCUCAACACGGACUCUCUGGACUGGGCGCUGUACGAUCACUUAAUGGACUUCCUGGCUGACCGGGGGGUCGACAACACAUUUGCUGAUGAGCUGAUGGAGCUGAGCACGGCCAUGGAGCAUCAGGAGUACAUCGGGUUCCUGGAGAACCUCGGCGGCUUUGUCAGGUGUAACUAACGGGUAGAAGAGGCACAAGUUAGGCUCGGCCGUUCUUCAGUGCACACCCCCGAAUAACUUCAGUAAACUGUAAUGUGAAAGCAAAUGCCCGGAUCCCGAUUAACUGACCGACAUCUGGCUCCGUUGAGACGGAUGGCGGUUUGAUAGACCUAUCUGCAAGUUCAGCACUUGGCUGCAUAAGUCAGCCCUGUGUUUUGUUGUAACUUAUUAGUUAAUAUCUGCCCACGUGUUAAACAUUAUCGCUGGGAAAUGGCAGUGAAGACUUCUGUGUUACCUCUACGAUCCAGGAAAGUCCAAAGCCUGUGAUUCAUACGGGGGAAUCGCCACAAAAACACGUAAACGGCUCCAAAAUAGUGUAUAAAGUGUGGUAUCUUAAAUGUGCAGCUCAUCUCGUCUGUUUUAGCCGUAGGGUGUACAACUAGAUGGUUGAAGUCUGCUGGCCAGUUCGUGUUAGCAACUAUUGAUUUUGUCGUUCAGACCACUGGAAUGAAACAUGACAUGUUGAAAUGUACACGUUCUUCCUGUAAUUGGUCGAAAGUCUGUCAUAAAACAAGAAGUCUGUCCAAUAAAACUGUUUGAUUAUUAA